GUUCGUAAAUUGUAGUUCGUAUUUCAAACAAAGCUUGGUAUUAAUUUUUAGCUUGUUUUGUUAUAUCCUUAUUUCUUUUUUUUUUACUUUUUUUAAGUGAUUUUUAAGAAAUGUCAUUAUUUAUUUAAUAUACAAUCUAAGUAUUUCUGUGAUAAAAUUUCUUUUAUCUAUUCAAAUUAUUAGAGUUCUCGACAUGAAAACUCACAAAUCCCCUGAAAGUGAAGUGACGCCUUCUAAAAAAAAGUUAAAGCAAGCACGUCUGCCUUUUAAAAUCAUCACUGAAGAUUCCCCAAAAAGUGAUUCAACUGUAUCCCGCAAAAGAAAAUUAACAACUCCGGAACCAGUACCGGUUACAAAAAUUGGAAAAGUAACCAAAGAAAAUGAAGUUGCAGAUGAGAUGAUAUUAAUUAGUGAUGACGAUAGUAAAGAAUGCAUAGCGCCGGUCAGUAAAGGAACUACAAAAAUUCUAAACCCUUACGUAAAACUGGUUGAUGCAGUUCGAAAAAAGAAACUUCAGAAAUCAAAAGCAUCGAAACGUAGGAAAAGUAAUAGCAAAUUAGAAAAUGGACUUAAUAAAAAUGAAAUUAUCCUAAAUGGGACUUUAAAUGAAGAUAAAAGAUCAAAAUGUGAAGAACAGAUGGAUAUAGACGAAGAUCAAGCUGAAUCAGAUGAUACAAAAACUCUUGAUAAAGACAGUGUACAACUAAAUGAGGUUAAUGAGAAAAUAGACAGUGCUAUAAUUAUAGAAGAUUCUAAUGGCCCUUUUGAUACAAAUUGCGUAAAUAAUAAAACAGAUAUUGAAGUUAUAAAAAAUUCUACAGAAAAAUCGGAAGAUGUUAUAAAUUUUAAUAUUGAUAAUUCUUCGAAAAAUGAAACAAAUGAAAGUCCUAAAACACCUAAAAGAAUAACUAGAAAUAAGACCAAUAAAAAUAAUGUCAGUUUAAACACAUCUCAAAUAAAUAAAACUGAUGAAUCAUUGGCAUCCAGCCCCAAUACAACAAAACAAUCUACAAGGAGUUCUUCUGUAACUAAAAGUGAAGGGGAUGUGUCAAUAACAGAAUCAAAUAAUUUAAAUAUCACACCAAAACAGUUAAAUAAAAAAAAUGAAUCAGCCAAAAAGAAGGCAGAGAGAGAAAAUGAGAGACAAGAAAAGGAGAAGAAGAGGCAGCAAGAGAAAGAAGAGAGAGCAAGAUUAAAACAAGAAAAGGAAGAUCAGAAGAAAAAGGAGCGAGAGGAAAAAGAAGAGGCAAAAAGAAAAGAAAAGGAGGAGAAAGAGGAACAAAAAAGGAAAGAAAGAGAAGAGAAAGAAAAACAAAAAGAGUUGGAAAAAAAAUUGAAGGAUGAAAAGGAGGAACAGAAACGCAAGGAAAGAGAAGAAAAAGAAGAACAAAAGAGAAAGGAAAAAGAAGCAAAGGAGGAUGAGAAGAGGAAACGACAGGAGGCCUUAGAAUUAGAAAAACAAGAGCAAGAGCAGAAAAAAAAGAGAGAAUCACAAGCAUUUGUCAGCUUCUUUGUGCCAAAACAGAAAAUAGAAAAGGAUCAGAAAACUGUUGAAUGUAUAAGUCACAAUAAUAUGCUAUCUAACUUUACUAUCAAACUAGAUAUGAGAUUAGCCCCUACUACAAGAAGUGAUUUGACUGAAGAUAGGAAGCAGGGAUUAGAUAUGUUGUUAAAAUCACAAGAUCAAAAACAGUUGUACUUAAGUAAUAUUAAAGAUGGCACAUUAAAGCCAUUGAGUAGUGGAAAGACAUGGCCUUUGGGUGACAAAGAUGAUGAUGUAAUGAUUAUUGAAGAUGAACUGCCUCCAACAAAUGAGAUUGGCGAGAUAAUUGCUUGUGAUUCAGCAGUUCGUGAGAAACUACGACCAAAACUAUUGAGUUUCCAUGAGAACAGACGUCCACCCUAUUGGGGCACUUGGAGAAAAAGAAGUGUGAAUGUCAAACCUAGGCAACCAUUUGGACAAGACAAGAAAUUUGACUAUGAAGUGGACAGUGAUGAGGAAUGGGAGGAAGAAGAGGGUGAGAGUAUUGAUGGGAGUGUGGCUGGCAGUGAUGAUGAGCAAGGGCCAGAUGAGUAUGAGGUUGAUAAUGAGGUGUUUGUACCACAUGGGUAUCUAAGUGAUGAGGAGGCCACUAUGGGUGAUGAUGAUGUACUGUCACUGUCACCUGAAGCUCAAAAAGCCAGAUUGAAACAUCUUGGAGAUGAAUUUGAAACAGAACUGAGGAAACCUACUGAAAAACUUAAACCAAGAGUCUAUGGUUUGCUUUGGCAAGCAGCUGAUGGUGGUAAACCAGAACACUGUACUGAUGCUCUAUGGAAUUAUUUCAGUAAAUUUUCUAUGAUAUUAAAUGAUCCUACACCAUUCUUACAACCUUCUGUGGAACAGGAAAUGACAGAAAAGAAAAAGGUUAAAAAGAAAAAAACAAACACUGAAACCGAACAAAAGAUCCCCAGCGCGGAGAAGAAGAAGAAAUUGAAACAAGACAAAGAAUCUAAGAAACCUGAGAAAAUAGAGAAGAAAAGCCAACCUGGUAUAAACACAUUUUUGACUAAAUUCAAAGCUUCCUGAUAGCAAUAUUUAAUAAUUAUUUCUUUUAUUUUAAUAAUAAUAUAAUAUUUUGUAAGGUUUUAUAUUAAAUCAAUAUACCUUAUAACAAUGCCUGUAAGAUAUGAAACAAUAAUUGAUGUAAGUUGUAUUUAUGAAAAAUGUAUUUGUUAAUAGGAUUAAAGUAUAAGCGAAAUAAAUAGAAAUGUGUAA